GAAAACCGACCUUAUAGAAUAGAAUGAUAACGAAAACGAGAAAACAAGUGUCAUCACCUUCUUCUCCAUCCUCUGAUUCUGUUGGAUCUAUCCACUCACCUUGAAAGUAUGAAGAAAGAAUAGAUAAGCGAUGGCAGCAGCAGAAGCAAGGGCUUUGUGGCAGAGAGCUGCCAAUCGUUGCUUUGUCCAAGAAGAUGCAAAAAGAGCUCCCAAGUUGGCUUGUUGCCAAUCUUCAUGUGCAACAUCUAAAUUGGUUGAUGCUGAACCUGCCAGUGUAGCUGAUGAAUCUGGUCAUGCUGCAGUUAAUCCCUCCCAUGUUAACAGCAAAUCAUCAUUUUCUAAUCUAUCACCUGACUCUAGGUGGUGGUUGCAUUUACAACCUAAUUAUGGGUAUCAAAAGGGUUUGACAUAUGAACAGUUAAACGCAUUAGAGGAAGAGGUAGAAACUUUGAUAGCUAGUGAUGGUAGUAAGAUUUCUCAAGAAUUUCAGGAAAUAAUGGAUGUGAUGGAAAAACAUGAGAGAAUGGACUCUGAUUGUGUUGGCUGCUCAGUGUCCUCCAAGAAAACAAAUGAUUUUUCCUUGGAAUCAGAUUAUUCUUGGAUUGAAGGUGAUAGGGCCGAGCCAUGGUGGAGGACUACAGAUAGAGAUGAUUUAGCUUCCUUUGUUUCACAGAAAUCACUCAACCAUAUUGAAAAUUGUGAUCUUCCCCCACCUCAAAAGAAGCAUUUUAGGGGAUACCCAUGUGCUAGUAGUAAUAAUGACAAAAUAAUAAGGGCAUCUAAUGACUGGGAAGCCAAAUCCAGAAGCUUUUCCGAUUUGUCAGCUCAUACACAGGGAAGUUUUGAUUCAGGAUUGAUGCAUAACAAGCAAGGCCCUUCUCCCAACGAAGGGCUUUUAUAUUUUGCUUCUGACAAAUGUUCAAGUAAUACCCCAAUAUAUGAGGAUGUCAAAAAGUUUCAAAAAUUUUUUGAUGGAGACCCCAGCAAAGCUCAACUCAUGGAAGCCUUGUGUCACUCUCAAACGCGGGCAAGGGAAGCAGAGGAAGCAGCAAAACAAGCUUAUGCAGAGAAAGAGCAUAUUGUUACUCUCAUUUUCAAACAGGCUUCACAACUUUUUGCCUAUAAGCAGUGGUUACAACUGCUGCAGCUGGAGACUCUUUGCAGUCAGAUUAAGAACAAGGAUCAGCCAAUCUCUACUCUCUUUCCAGUGGCCUUGCCAUGGAUAUCCUAUGAUGGUAGAAACUCACGAAAGAGGAAGCAGAAAAUAUCCAAUGUCAAACAAGAAAGGCAUGGCAAGCCAAAAUGUGAUAUUACAACAUAUGCUGUAGCAUUUGCUUUAGGAUUGAGUCUUGUUGGGGCUGGCAUACUCUUAGGAUGGACUGUGGGUUGGAUGUUGCCUCGUACAUAAUUCUGUAAGAUUUAGAUCAUAGUCCUGCUUGUCAUAAAAGAUUGAUAAAGGGAAAUGGUUUUCAGGGAAGGUGGCCCCAUUUAUUUUAUUAGAUGUGUAUGUAUUUUUGUAGAUUUGUUUGUUAGUCCUUGUAUUGUAAAUUCUAUGUUCUGUUAUGUAAUGAAUCUGUUUUUCUCAAUGAGAUGAUGUGCAUAAAUAUUUUUCUUGUAGAUGAUGCGAAACAGCUAUUUCUU